ACCCUUUACCAAAAGGACGAUUCGGGCACUCCUUUUGUGGAGAUCCUGAAGAAGAGAGGUAUCAUUCCUGGCAUUAAAGUUGAUACAGGAGUUGUGCCCCUUCUGGGCACCAAUGAUGAGUCCACGACACAGGGUUUGGAUGAUCUGCUGAAGAGAUGCGAGCAGUACUACAAAGACGGCUGUCGUUUCGCUAAAUACCGGUGCGUUUUGAAGAUCAAAGAUCACGAGCCCUCACCCCUGGCUAUCCUCGAAAAUGCUAAUGUUUUGGCUCGUUAUGCGUCCACUUGUCAACAGGCAAAACUGGUGCCAAUUGUUGAGCCAGAGAUAGUUCCCGAUGGAAACCAUGACCUCGAAAGGUGCCAAAAGGUUACCGAAAAAGUUUUGGCCGCAGUUUUUAAAGCAUUGAGCGAUCAUCACGUCUAUCUGGAGGGCGCUCUUCUCAAACCAAAUAUGGUGACCGCCGGACAGGAAUGCAAAACUAAAUAUAAACCCGAAGACAUCGGUAGGGCUACUAUAGAGGCUUUGCAACGAACCGUUCCGCCAGCUCUUCCAGGCAUUGUCUUCCUAUCUGGUGGUCAAUCGGAAGAAGAGGCUUCAGUGCACUUGAAUGCAAUCAAUCAAUAUCAGGGAAAGAAACCGUGGGCUCUGACCUUCAGCUACGGUCGUGCCCUUCAGGCCAGUGCUCUAAAGGCUUGGGGCGGGAAAAAAGAGAAUGUAAAGGCCGGACAGAUUGAGUUCCUUAAGAGAGCCAAAGCCAACAGUGAAGCUUCUCAGGGCAAGUAUGUCGGCGGUCAAGCGGGCGCCUCCGCCGGUGAGAAACUCUUCAUCAAAGACCACAAGUAUUAG